AUAUUAGAUACUGUUCUUGUGAAUUGUGUAAUUAUUUAUUGUAAAGCAGCUAAUUCAAAUAUUUCAAGUAAAGAUUUUAGAAUCAAUUUAGCUUGGGAUUUGAUCAGAGAUACUUUAGAUGAUGGAAAAAAAAAAGAACUGCAAGAUCUUCAAGCUCUAUCAAAGGGAAAACGAAUCAUCGUAAAUAAAAAUUUUGAACUACUCUUAACACACUUAUAG